AUGCGCUGGCAAAAGCAGCACGGAAAGCGCCUCGAUCACGAUGAGCGUGUCCGCAAGCGCCAGGCUCGUGAGGGUCACAAGCAAUCCUACGAUGCUCAGAACCUGCGCGGUCUAAGGGCCAAGCUGUACCAGCAGAAGCGCCACAAGGAGAAGAUUCAGAUGAAGAAGCGCAUCAAGGCCCAGGAAGAAAAGAACGUCAAGUCUUCCGCUCCCGACGAGCCUUCUCAGACCCCUCUGCCCCAAUAUUUGCUCGACCGAUCUCAAGCCACAAAUGCAAAGGCCUUGUCCAGUGCUAUUAAAGAUAAGCGAGCGGAGAAGGCGGCCAAGUUUGCCGUGCCUUUGCCCAAGGUCAAGGGUAUCAGUGAGGAGGAGAUGUUCAAGGUCGUCAAUACCGGCAAGAAGACUCACAAGAAGUCCUGGAAGCGCAUGAUCACAAAGCCUACUUUCGUUGGUAACGACUUUACCCGUCGUCCCGUGAAGUACGAGCGAUUCAUUCGUCCUAUGGGUCUGCGUUAUAAGAAGGCCAAUGUUACCCACCCCGAGCUCGGUGUGACAGUUCAGCUGCCAAUUCUCUCUGUCAAGAAGAACCCCAACAACCCUCUCUUCACCCAGCUGGGUGUUUUGACCAAGGGUACCAUUAUCGAGGUCAACGUCUCCGAGUUGGGUCUCGUCACCACCACCGGCAAGGUCGUCUGGGGUAAAUGGGCACAGAUCACCAACGUGCCCGAAAACGACGGCUGUGUGAACGCGUGA